CUUCCGGCAAGGGUGGCGCUUGCGGCGCGCCUGGGCGGGACCUGCAUCGCAACACCCUAUCCCAUAUUGCAACUGUGACCCCCAACUAAGGCCGCGACCCCCACUCCGUCCCAGCCUUAUGGCCCGACACGUGUUUCUGACCGGGCCCCCAGGAGUUGGAAAAACAACACUGAUCCAAAAAGCCAGUGAAGUUCUAAAGUCCUCUGGUCUGCCUGUUGAUGGAUUUUAUACAGAAGAAGUCAGACAAGGGGGGAGAAGAAUAGGAUUUGAUGUUGUCACAUUAUCUGGAAUGCGGGGACCUCUGUCUAGAGCUGGGUCAGAACUGCUGCCUGGGAAACGUGAACACCGAGUUGGGCAAUACGUGGUGGAUCUCACUUCCUUCGAGCAGUUAGCACUUCCGGUCUUAAAGAACGCAGGUUCCAGAAGUGGCUCUGAGUAUGGAGUGUGUGUCAUCGAUGAGAUUGGGAAGAUGGAGCUCUUCAGUCAGCCUUUCAUUCAGGCUGUUCGUCAGACACUGUCCACCCCAGGGACUGUAGUCCUCGGCACCAUCCCAAUACCAAAAGGAAAACCUCUGGACCUUGUGGAAGAAAUCCGAAACAGAAACGACAUUAAAGUAUUCAAUGUCACCAAAGAAAACAGAAACCACCUUUUGCCAGAUAUUGUGACGUGGGUACAGAGCAGCAGGAAGUGACAGAUUGCAUUCCUGGUUUCCGGCACGUGAAGAAAUGUCUGUUCGAGAGGUGCCCAUUCAGUGGCCUGUCCAGCUUUUAUGCCUGUGGGUCUAUGAAAGCUUGUGGGCUUUGCCAAAGGAAACCUGACAGCUGGUUUCCAUGAAAUGUUUAAAAGAUCAAAUUAGCCUUAAUGUGAGAUUGACUACAAGAUCAGCAAUCCAUUGUGCCUUAUUUAUGCCCAGAGAUUUCUGUUUAUUUCCUCUUGCAGUUGUGCGUAUGAUUGGGAUAAAUUACAACAUGAAAAAUAGUUUUCACAGUAUUAGACAGGAUUGCCCCCUUGAAGUUUAUGAAAGUGCUCAGGAGGAGGAGGCCGGAGACCUCACUACUUAAUCAACUUUGCAUGUCAUGAAAAUGAGAUUCCUCUCCAGAUGCAGUGUAGUCUUAUGCAAAUAACAGUGAUAACAGUUACUUUGUUUCAAAAGAACGCCAUUUCAGAUUUUCCCCUUACUGUUUAUGUGUUUACUUAUUGCCUAAUAAACUGAGGAGGAAUAUAACGGU